UUAUGUUUUUUUGGGCUUUCAGCACGCGGCAAGAGGAGAGAGAGCCGGGGAGCUUCGAGAGGGCAACCAUGGAAGAGAAGGCCCCGAGCUUCAAGAACCUGAGCUCCAGAGAGUACCAGGGCCACAAGAAGAAGGUUCACUCGGUAGCGUGGAAUUGUUUGGGCACCAAGCUCGCAUCUGGCUCUGUAGAUCACACUGCUCGCGUCUGGAACAUCGAUCCCCUCGGUCAUGGCAAGGUCAAAGAUAUUGAAUUAAAAGGGCAUACAGACAGUGUAGAUCAGCUAUGCUGGGACCCAAAGCAUCCUGAUUUAGUUGCAACUGCAGCUGGGGACAAGACUGUACGUCUUUGGGAUGCUCGAAGCGGAAAAUGCUCUCAACAUGUUGAACUUAGUGGGGAGAAUAUCAAUAUCACAUACAAACCUGAUGGAAAUCAUAUAGCUGUUGGUAAUAAGGAGGAUGAGCUUACAAUACUGGAUGUUCGAAAGUUUAAACCGAUACAUAGGCGCAAAUUUAAUUAUGAGGUAAAUGAGAUUGCAUGGAAUACAACUGGAGAACUUUUUUUUCUUACCACUGGGAAUGCAGGUACUGUUGAGGUACUUGCUUAUCCAUCUCUUAAGGUGCUUCACACUUUGGUGGCUCAUACAGCAGGUUGCUAUUGUAUUGCAAUUGAUCCCAUAGGAAGAUACUUUGCUGUCGGAAGUGCCGAUUCAUUGGUCAGUCUCUGGGAUAUUUCAGAGAUGUUGUGCGUCCGAACAUUCACAAAGCUCGAAUGGCCUGUCAGAACCAUUAGCUUUAAUUACACUGGAGAAUUUAUUGCUUCAGCCAGUGAAGAUCCUUUUAUUGAUAUUUCCAAUGUUCAGACUGGGAGAUCAGUGCAUCAGAUCCCUUGUAAGGCUGCAAUGAACAGUGUGGAAUGGAACCCGAAAUACAACUUACUGGCUUAUGCAGGAGAUGAUAAGAACAAAUACCAAGCUGAUGAAGGUGUGUUCCGGAUAUUUGGUUUUGAGAACACUCAGCAUUCAUAGAGAAGCUGCUACUGCUGCCAUGCACAGUGUUAUUUCCCAAAGUAUUAUUGCAACUCAUGUAUGUAUUUUUUUCCUCCUGAAGUAUCACUGGCAAAAUAGUUUAGUUUUGUGCUUUUAUCAGUGAGGUUUCUUUCCUGGCACGUGUUUCUAGUUCUGCUCUAAUAUGAUGAUGACAUUUCGAUCUUUAUUCAACUUGGUAAAUCGUAGACUU